CGUUAUAAACGAGCAAGAACUGAUAGCACGUUACUAAUCAAUAAAAUUUAGUUUCAUGACAAUCAAUUCCAAAUCCUAAUUUUCCUAAUACGUCGAUCUUUCUCUGCUCCUAAUGUCUCAGACCCCCCUCCCUCGUACGAUCGCCUGACCCACGCCCUCUUCCUCUUUCCUUUUUCACCGCUGCACCUCCAAAAAAAACCAUCAAUCACGCAACCCCACCUGCCUCUCCCCAACUCCCCAAGCGACAUCCUCUCUCCCCUCCCUGCCGCCCCCAAGACGCCCUCAUCGGCGCACUCUUCAUCGGAGCGCCGUCCGCUGGAAGCCGGAGUCGGGAAGGAGAGCAGCCACCAGCGGGGGAGACCACAAGGGGAGGUGUUGGUUCUUCCUCCGAUUGAUGCAUCGCUCAUGGGGGCACUGCUGGUGGGGGCGGGGAGCGAUUUGGUGGCCGUGCUGGGGCCCGGCGGCGUGGGCGGGUGCGCUGGAACUGGUCGUGUCGAUGGCGUCGUUCCCGCCAGAGACCACGUUCGUGUGGGUGCUGGCCAGCGGCGGGUGCGCGGGCGGAUCGGUGUGCGUGCCUCUCGACGGUCUGCUCGACCCGGGCGGGUCGAUGGUUGUACGGCUUCGAUGUGCUGCGCACGGCGAAGGGCUUUCGUCGCUCGACGAGGUCAUCCAGCGGUCGGACGAGCUCGUUGGCCAGAUUGGGCAGCUGCCGCCCUCUGCUGAGAUUGUUCACACCAUGGAUGAGAUCUCCAACACUGUAAGUUACUCUUCUUUGGUUACGUUUUAUUUAAUCUGUGUAGUUUGAUGUGGGUUGGCUGAUGAUUGGCUA